GGGAUCUCUCGCUUGUGGCUUGUUGGCUCGGGCGGCUCAGCAAAGCUUGGGGGAAAGGAUAAAUCUUGCCCUGAUAUCUGGGAGAUUUUUGUGAAUGAGAUCUUGAUGAUACUCUCCGCAUUCUUCAUCCUUGAUAGAGGGUUUCUGCGGUUUCCCCGGCUUCUUCUGCUCCCCGCAUUCUGUUCCUCAUCCACCGCGGGGACGGUCUCCAUCCGAUGGCCUCCCAAAGACCCAGUGUCGCAUUUCUUUUACAUAAGAACCGAACCUUCCUAUCACCGGAUCUGCCGUUGGGGCGUAUCGGGGCGCAGUCUACGUCUCGCCCAGCGGCCAGACGGUGGACCUCUAGGCCCCCGAUGGAACCACUUUCUGCUGCUUGCGGCCAUUUCGUUGGAUGGCCGAUCAACCCGAGUGGAGUAGCGUUGUACUCCACGUGUGGAAGACCAUCCAGCGCUCACCGAAUCCUGUUAGUCAUUGAAACCCGUACUUUGCCUGCUCGACGUGAAAUGGUGAUUCCCCAGAGAUAACGCCGGAUCCGAGCGCAAACUCUCUGGCUGAGCCAUUUUUUCCUUUUAUACCGGUGCCCAUGGCCUCCCUUCCUCGUCUUUCACCUCUCCCUUAUUCUUCUCCGGUCAAUCCGACAACCUCCCUCCUCACCCUCCUCCCCUUCCCUUACGUCCCAUCCUCGGCAGGAUGGGCUUUGACGAUGUGUCAAGUGGCCAAGACUCCAACAACAAGGUCAUGGAGUCUGACGGCGACAAGAAGGACUAUGCCGCCCCACCGCCAUUCGAGAAGGAUAUGGUUGGCGAGAUGAGUGAGGCUGAGCGUAAUAUCUACGACCAUGGCAUCAAGAAGUUCAGUCGUCUCGGCUGGAAACGACUGACCAUUGUUCUCAUCGUCGAGGCCAUUGCCCUUGGAAGUUUGUCCAUUCCCUCGACCUUUGCCGCCCUUGGCAUGGUGGCAGGUACGAUAUCCUGUGUUGGUCUUGGUCUUGUCGCCAUAUAUACCAGUUAUAUUGUCGGUCAGGUAAAGCUGGCUUUCCCAGAGGUCGCCAACUACGCCGACGCAGGUCGCUUGAUGUGGGGCCGCUUCGGAUAUGAACUCAUCAACCUGAUGCUCGCGCUGCAGCUGAUUUUCUUGACCGGAUCUCACUGCCUGACGGGCACGAUCGCCUUCCAGAACAUCACCGAGAGUGGUAUUUGUUCGGUCAUCUUUGGCGUCGUGUCUGCCAUCAUCCUGCUUUUGCUCGCUAUCCCACCCAGCUUUACCGAGGUUGCUAUACUGGGCUAUGUGGAUUUUGCAUCGAUCGUUCUGGCUAUCGGCAUUACGAUCAUCGGCACUGGUGUCCAGGCGACAAAUGCUCCCGGUGGUCUCGCGGCUGUCGACUGGUCUGCCUGGCCUAAGCCCGACCUGACCUUCACCGAAGCGUUCAUUGCGAUUUCCAACAUCAUUUUCGCCUACAGUUUCGCCAUGUGCCAGUUCUCCUUUAUGGAUGAGAUGCACACCCCCCGUGACUUUGUCAAGUCGAUCUGGACCCUUGGCAUCACCGAGAUCGUGAUUUAUACCGUGACUGGUGCCACGAUCUAUGCAUUCGUCGGUCAGGACGUGAAGAGCCCGGCGCUCCUCUCUGCCGGUGGUACCCUUAGCCGGGUGGCCUUUGGUGUGGCCCUGCCUGUGAUCUUUAUCAGUGGAUCGAUCAACACGGUGGUCUUUGGCCGCCUGGUGCACGGUCGGAUCUUUGCCAACUCCCCGAUCCGAUUCAUCAACACCAAGAUGGGCUGGAUCACCUGGCUGGGUGUCAUUACCGCGGCCACGAUCAUCGCCUUUAUCAUUGCAGAGGUCAUUCCGUUCUUCAGCGAUCUGCUGUCGAUCUCAUCUGCUUUGUUCAUCUCUGGCUUCAGCUUCUACUUCCCCUCACUGAUGUGGUUCCUCCUCAUCCGCAAGGGCAGCUGGACAGAGCCCCGAAACCUGAUCUUGACCAUCAUCAACGCCUUUAUCCUGGUGAUUGGACUGGUGAUUCUGGUGGCCGGUACUUAUUCUAGUAUCGAUGAUAUUAUUAUCAACUACAGGAGCGGCACCGUCCGGGGUGUUUUCACUUGUGCUGCCCUGGAUUAAUCAAAUGAGGGCAGGCUCCUCAUGAAAGUCGUUUCUUCCUAUGGUGUCCGAUGGGCCUGCAAGAUCCUCCUGGAAGAGGCUGGCAUGUGGCAGGCUUGUAAUGGGCAUGAAGUAGACGAAGUGAAGUACGGCGCAGAUAUACUUGCAUUAUCACGAUAGACGUCUGGACCUGAUAUUUACCCACGGCGGACUCUGUAUAUUUACAUACCACAUUUAUAGUUGCAUGGAAUUGUUUUCAACUUUUACCACAU